UGGAGGGUCCAAUCCCAGCGGAAUCUCCAGUGCUCAAAUUUUCUAUCUGCUUACAGUGACUUAAUUAACAGUUCCAGCCCUUCCAUAGCUGGGGCAGGGGAGAGGGGACCAAACCUGUUUUCUUCACGUGCAUUCUUGGGGACAUUUCUGGGGAAAGAUGAGAGCUGUUCACUGCAUGGGGAGAGGCUGAGGUUCCACCGCGGGGACUACACGGUGGAGGUGAGCAUCAACGACUACCUGGACAUCUACUGCCCGCACUACGAGGAGCCGCUGCCGGAGCGCAUGGAGAGGUACAUCCUCUACAUGGUCAACUACGAGGGCCACGCGUCCUGCGACCACCGGCAGCGCGGCUUCAAGCGCUGGGAGUGCAACCGCCCCGACUCCCCCAACGGGCCCCUCAAGUUCUCCGAGAAGUUCCAGCUCUUCACCCCCUUCUCGCUGGGCUUCGAGUUCCGACCCGGCCACGAGUACUACUACAUCUUGCCCAGUCCCGGGGCGCCGAGCGUCACCGGCUCACCCUCGCUCUGUUCGUCCUUCCGCACAGACGAUUCCCUGUACGAGUCCCCGGAGCCCAUUUUCACCAGCAACAACUCCUGCUGCAGCCUCAGGGUGCCGCCGGCGGCGCUGGCGGUGGUGCCGGUGGUCUGGACGCUCCUGCUCUCGUAGCACCGACCCCGAGCGGCCCCGGGGCGGA